AUGUCGGACGUGACGGCGGUGAUGCAUCUGCGGGGGGAGGAGCCGUGGCUGGCGCUUCCUCCAGGGUUCCGGUUCCACCCCACCGACGAGGAGGUGGUCACGCACUACCUCACCCCCAAGAUCCGCAACCCCGACUUCUCCUGCCUCAUGGUCGCCUACGUCAACCUCAACAACACCGAGCCGUGGGAUCUCCCGAAAAAGGCGAAGAUGGGCGCGGGCGAGACGGAGUGGUUCUUUUUUGUGCACAAGGAUCGGAAGUACCCGACGGGGACGCGCACCAACCGGGCGACGAAGAGCGGCUACUGGAAGGCGACGGGUAAGGACAAGGAGAUCUUCCGCGGCACAGGACUGGACGCCGUCCUCGUCGGCAUGAAGAAGACGCUCGUCUUCUACCGCGGCCGCGCCCCCGGCGGCCAAAAGACGUCGUGGGUGAUGCACGAGUACCGCCUCGAGGGCGAGCUGCCCCAUCGCCUACCCCGCUCCGCCAAGGACGAUUGGGCUGUUUGCCGGCUGUUCAACAAAGAAUUGGCCGCGCAGAAUGCACCCCAGAUGGCGCCGGCGGCCGACGCGGACAUGGAGGAGGAGGACCCGUUCGCCUUCCUCGAUGAGUUGCUCAACAGUGAUGACUUGCUCAACAACGCUGGCCUGCUCGGCAAUGCCGACCCGCCGAUGCUCAUGGACUAUCCGUCAGGCGCCAUAGACUUCGCCGGCGCUUCCAGCUCCACCUCCAGCGCGGCCCUGCCGGUUGAGCUGGACAUGGAGCAUCGGACCCGCAAGAUGGAGCCACCGGCGCCGCAGCAGCAGAGCCCAAACUACAUGUGGAAGAUGUGA